AUGCAAGCCCGGAACUGGCUGAGGGUUGGACGGGCGCAUGCGCGCGCGCAGCUGACACUCCGGCUGAUGAAACUGACAAAGGCGAGAGCGCGCGCAGCCCCACUGCCGCGGUGUUCGCACCGCCUGUGCGUCCUGCCCUGCCAGGGGGCGGGAUCGUGGAGCGCCUCACAGAACUGCACGCAAGCAAAAACAAAGCCAUCUCUCCGAAGCAGAAAUGGAACAGACGUGGCCGGGGAAAGCCAAAUAUUUCCUGCCGUCCUGGUGAACACAAUCGAGCAAGGCAGUGAAGCAAAAAUCAUUAGGUGGCUGGACUCAGACACAUCACGCUCCAGUUUGGGUUCCAAGGUGCUUCUCUCUGGAUUUUCACCUGCCUUGCCAAAAAUGAUUGAUUACGCUGGGCCAACUGGGUGUCCGGCAAUACCCAACAAAUGACUUUGGCCCCUAACAGCAGGCCUUGGCCAGAUAGAAAUCAAUAUUUCACCAUUAAAAUCUAUCAAAGAAGAGUUAAGGCACCAUCUGUCCCUGCCGCCUCUCUAUGGUGUGUGAACAUUAAAUCCGACACUUGUACUACAUGGGUAAUCAAUAUAUAGUGGUUCACAGAUCAUUUGUGGUCCCCUUUUAGCAGUGAUGGAUGUCUGGAAUCGUUGUGAUUCAUUUUGUCAGACCAUUAAACAAGAUUCUGUCCAGUUCCUUCCUGAUUUCA